AUGUCCGGUACUCUCGCCCACGCCAAGAUUGCUCUCCGUCGCUCUGGCGAGCGCGGAUAUGCCGAACACGGCGGCUGGUUGAAAUCCUUCCACACAUUCAGCUUCGCUAGCUACUACGACCACAAAUUCCAAAAUUUUGGAAGUUUGCGAGUCUUGAAUGAAGACCGUGUCGCACCCAGAAAUGGAUUCGGAACGCAUCCCCACCGCGAUGCAGAGAUCUUCAGCUAUAUUCUCAGCGGAGAGCUCACACACCGCGACAGCAUGAUUAAAAAGGGAGCAGAGGGCGAGCAAGGGAAGGACUUCUAUCGCAUGAAGCGAGGAGACGUGCAGUUUACUACUGGUGGAACUGGCAUCGCUCAUUCUGAACAAAACGAAUCAAACAAGCCAGUGCAUUUCCUCCAGAUCUGGGCACUGCCAUGGAAACACGGUCUGAAGCCACAAUAUCAUACUAUGACCUUCGGCGAAGAUGCUAAGCGCAAGGACUUCGUCCCCAUUCUAUCGCCACUCGCCGCCGGUCCCGAGGCCAAGCCAGCGGAUGAAGACGCCGCUAUCCCCAAGAUCCCGGGGACCAUUCCCAUUCACGCCGAUUUCGUGAUGGGUGCCGGAAUCAUUGCCCCUUCCUCCACCUUCACGUGGAACGUGGGUGCUGGCGAGGUUGUCAGUUCCAAGAAGAAGCGCAAUGUUUACAUCCAUCUUCCCAUGACGAAGCAGGGCAAGAUGAAGAUCAAGCUCAACGGAAACGAAGAUGCCGUUCUUGAGGAGGGAGAUGGCGCUUUCAUCACACAAGUCAAUGCCGGCGACUCGCUGCGCGUGGAGAGUAUUGGUGAUGUUGAAGCAGAGGUCAUUGUACUGGACAGCAACUGA